CAAUUUGUCCGGCUUCUACUUUCUCUGCUCUUGAUUUAUUCUCGUGUGAAUAUUUGCCAUCUCCACAAUGCCUCCCAGCCCGCAAUCGACAUACUACGAUCGCCGCCUGCGACAAGGCCCUGCCCUCGUUCGAGCUCGACGACCUUAUCUUUUCAAGAACGCCGUCACCGGUCUUGGCCUCCUGACCGUUGUCGGAGCCAUCUAUUACUAUACCCUCAACGCCGUUGGCCAGGACAACUUUGAAGAUGUCAAGGUCCCUGAUGAGCCUCGGAAACCCGCCUCUUCCAAGUAAAUUCUACAUAUGAUAGGCCGGACGCCUAGGGAAUCAUCUCUUAGAUCAACGUUGCAAAUCAAAGCAUUGGACAAGUUAAAAGGAGGAAGAACGUCAAAGCAGCUAUGCCAUUCAUGCUACCUGCCACACAGAACGCCUGUUAUAACCCCAGAGCCUUCCUGUACACCACGUUGGCGAACUCUUCUGCGCAACAUGUACGAAUAAAUGACCCAUUGUACAAUAGUUCUUGAAGCACGCGAGCCCUCGCCCGCUGCAACCAAGAUUCUGCCCCUCUCCAACCAUCAU